AUGGCCGAGAAAGCAUAUUCAGCCGUCGCUGAAACGAAGCGCAUUCUGGACUUUGUCCUCGACACCGUGCAGAUACCUGCUGAAGCUGAAAAAAUCACCAAAAAUGUGCAGCUCACUGCGACUCGCGACCUGCCGUACUUUCCUAUCCCCUUUAAGGAAACGGAGUUGGCCUCAGCUUUGAAGGCCAUUGAGGGUGGUGUUGCUGGAGCGCUUGCAGCUACCAAGUUUGGAACCAACACUGAGCCAAAGGUCACAGUGAGCUUGGAGAAGAGCACUGCGUUCUUGAUUCAGGCGUAUUUGGCGACUGUUGGCGGCUAUGGAAAGUUGGACAAAGAGGUCAAGAAGAUGCUAAAAGACACGGACUUGCUGAAGGCGCAGUCCGAUCCGUACCGUCGCAUGUCGGCAAACUUGUACGAGACUAAGUCAAGAGGAGAGUACUACCAUAUUCAUGGAUCACUUGAGGCAUCAACGACUCUUGGCAUGAUAGGCUUGGAGCCGUUCAGACCGGACCUGAAGGAUGAUCAUGACGCAAUUGUCGAUGCAAUUGAAUCUCAUGUAAAGAAUUUCACCACCGAAGAGCUCGAGCGCAUGAAUGCAGAGAAACGCCAGGCUGGCGUACCCGUACUCAAGCAUGAAGACUUCCUCCGCACACCUCAUGGCAAGACAAACGUCAGCCUCCCUCCAUGGAGCGUUGACAACCUGGAGAACUCAACACCUCCAACGCCGCUGCCUAGCACAUCUGACAAGCGCAUCCUGUCCGGUGUCAAAGUGCUUGAGCUGUGUCGCAUCAUCGCUGGGCCGGUAAUCGGACGUAUCUUGGGCGAGUAUGGCGCGGAUGUAUUGAAGAUUACGAGCCCCAACCUCAGCGAUGUCCCAUUUUUCCAGGUUGAUGGCAACAUGGGAAAGCAUGCCGCCGACCUGGAUCUCAAGACGCCAGAGGGAAGAAAGCAGUUUGAAGCCCUGCUAGCGGAAGCGGAUGUCGUUCUUGACGGGUAUCGGCCUGGUGCCUUGGAAAAGCUCGGUUACGGCGCGACUGCUCUGACCAAACUCGCCAAGGACCGCGGAAAGGGUAUCGUCUACGUCAACGAGAACUGCUUCGGGUAUCAGGGCGAGUGGGCUUCACGGCCUGGAUGGCAACAGAUUGCAGACUGCGUCAGCGGUGUGGCUUGGGCGCAAGGCCGCUUCAUGGGGCUGGAUGAGCCGGUUGUUCCCCCUUUCCCCAUUUCUGAUUACGGAACGGGCUGCAUGGGUGCCAUUGCGGCUCUAACCGGUCUCUACAACAGAGCUACCAAGGGUGGCUCGUGGCACGGCAAAGCAUCUCUCCUGCAAUACGAUCUGCUCCUCAUCAAAGUUGGACAGUACCCAGAAGAAGUCAGGCGCGAGCUGUUGAAGUUGGCGGGCGACGACUUCCUCGCUCUGAGACACAGUCACAGCGUCGAUCAGAUCUCAGGCACGGCACUGAAAGCCAUGAAGCGCUAUGCGCCGGAGCUUUUCAGCUCGAAGGAGAUUCGCGAAAAGUGGUACUCCAAGGGAUACAAGGCAGAGGUUGAGGCCGUAAGACCUGUGGUCAAGAUUGACGGCAUCGAUAUUGGAUUCAAGAGAGCGAGCAGGCCAAACGGCACAGAUCCAGCAAGUUGGGAUUUCGGACCGGAAGAGGAUCAUCUGAUAGAAGGUCACACCAACGGUAUCAACGGCACGAAUGGCGUUGUGAAAGGUUGA